UAAAGCCGAAGCCGCUGAAAUAGCCAUUGACGGAAAUUCUAUGGUAAAGCGCGAAGCGUCUUUUCAUGUGUUGUAGGGCGAGUAGUGCCUAUGGUGAACGUUAUGGGUGAAGUUCGUGCAGUUGCUCCCGAGUUGUCUCAAGAAGAGGCCAAUAUCUACGAUCGUCAGAUACGUCUCUGGGGCUUAGAGUCACAGAAACGGUUGCGAGCGGUGAGGAUUCUGGUCGCUGGCUUGAACGGCCUCGGAGCAGAAGUGGCGAAAAACUUGGUUUUGGCGGGCAUCAAGUCCAUAACGCUCCUGGAUAGCCAAAAUGUUACUGCCGAGGAUUUUUCGUCCCAGUUCAUGGUCGAAAGAGGAGACGUCGGCAAGAAUAGGGCACACAGCUCAAAGGCAUACACAAAAAACCUGAACCCUAUGGUUGAAGUGGACUCUGAGGAUGGCGAGCUGCUGAACAAGGACGACGAUUUCUUUCGCAAGUUUGACAUUGUGUGCUGCACUGAAAGCCACUCCACAGAAGACCUCAUCAAGAUUAACACCCAGUGUCGUAACCUUGGCGUCAAGUUUUUCUGUGGCCACGUGUGGGGCUUCUUUGGCUACUUCUUCAGUGACCUCAUUCAGCAUGCCUAUACACAUCUCUUCAAAAAGGCCAAAAUACUAAAGCUUGUCCAUUCACCUCAGGUGAUGACGUGUGUACCGCUUUCAAGAGCGCUUCAAGUAAAGGCUGGCAAAGCAAGCACUGGCCUGGACAGGAAGACGUCGCCUCUUUUCUUCGUGCUUCAUGUUCUUCUGCGUUUCUACGACAAGCACGGUCGACCCCUGGAGUCAGACAGAGAAGAAAUGGUGAACCUAAGGGACCAAGUGGCAGCAGACCUGGCUGUAGACAAGGAGCGCAUCCCGGAGCGACUUUUCAAUGCUAUUUGCAAGGAAAUGUGUGCCACAAGUGCUGUUGUUGGAGGUGUCUUGGCUCAGGACAUUAUCAAGGUGGCCUCGUGCAAGGAUGCACCACUGAAAAACUUUUUCCUUUUUGAUGGCUUUGAAUGCUGUGGUCUCCAAGAGAACAUUGGCCGGUGACUGGAUACUCUGCUCAUCAGCAGUGCACCAACCAUCAUCGCACAUAACGUGCCAGGGCAACCAGGGCAUCACACAUAAUUUAGACUGGGCAACCUUUUUGUGUUUCGCUUAAUGCAUUUUUGCUCUCUGCAGCUCAUCUUUAUUGUCGAGGCUGGCAACAAGCUCAAGCAGACAAUGCAAGCCCAAGACGAAAAUAUACAUUAAGCCUAAUUUUAUAAGUAAGUCGUAUACAACCUAAAUGGAAUAGAACAUAGAUACAGAGGCAGAAAAAGAUUAUUUGCAUCUGUGUACAAAUCGCUUCUAAGUACACCUAUAUGGAGUAGGGAAGAUGAAUAAAACGCAGAAAAACACGCAUGUCGGAACUGAAAAAAAAAAAAAAUGCUGCCACAGUGUUCUGGUGGUUGUACACCUGUCUUUUCUACCAAAAGCAGCUCGAGGUUCUUUUGUGCAGCUCCACCAAAUGUUUGUGUAGAUCGCCUCGGUGCUCUCUUCUAUUAGAAGUAAGGUUGAGAUAGGGCGGGGGAAGAGGUUACUGUCUCUGUGUAUUUACUGCAGUUUAUUGAUUUUUACCAUUCCAUAUUGAUUUAAUUAGCCAUAAUCUGUACACAGAUGUAAAUACUCUUUUUUUCACCUAAAUUAUCUUCUCUUCCUGCCCUUCUAUGUAUUCGCCAUUUCCCUCGCCUCUGCUGGUGUCUUUUCAGGUUUCAACCUUUUUAGUUAUACAGCUACAGUGUGGCCAGUACGAAUUCCUUCCUUCCCCCUUUAAUUUUAUAUUUACUGAAUAAACCAGCAGUUACUAUUACUAAUUACUUUUCCAUAAUACUAACUGCACCUUUCAGUGUGGGCAUGCAUUUCGAUGUGACAGGUCUGCGAUGCUCUGCUACCUUGUUGUGUAUGUAAGCAAUGUUAGUUCUUAGUAUGUUGGGUGCCUCAUGGGUGAGGCAUCAAGGAGCAUCACCAUGUGGAAGAUGUGUGCUUUAAUGCCCAAUAUUUGUGCUUUUUCGAUGAAUUGUACACGAUGUAUCAUUAUUACAGCACCCAUCAUCACCAUGGUAACAACAUUUUAUUGGAUGCAUUCUUCCUAUUCUUCCAUGGUAACUUCUGAAUAGGAAUUUCACUUCAGUGGUUUUGAAGUUUUCGUUGUUUCUGCUUAGUGUGUUGCAUCGAUGGAAGUAAAAUUUGCACAUCAUUUUGAUUUU